AUGAAGUGGGUGCUCCUGGUUCUGGCUUGCUUCCAGCUGUCAGAUGGACUAGUCAAUGUCCUUCUGAAGAAGGGCAAGUCUAUCCGAGAGGUGAUGAAGGAGAAGGGUGUGCUGGAAGAUUACCUGAAGAACCACAAACUUGACCCGGCCAAAAAGUACAUCUUCAAUGAGUACUAUGUUGCUUAUGAACCAAUGGCGUACAUGGAUGCUUCUUACUAUGGAGAAAUCAGCAUUGGAACACCACCUCAGAAUUUCCUGGUGCUGUUUGACACUGGCUCUUCAAACUUGUGGGUGCCUUCUGUCUACUGCAACAGCCAGGCGUGCACCGGUCAUUCAAGAUUUAAUCCCAGCCAGUCCUCCACCUACUCCACCAAUGGACAGACCUUCUCCCUGCAGUAUGGUAGCGGUAACCUUGAUGGAUUUUUUGGCUUUGACACCAUGAGACUCCAGAACAUUGUUGUCACUAAGCAAGAAUUCGGCCUGAGUGAAAAUGAACCUGGCUCCAACUUCGUUUAUGCCCAGUUUGAUGGCAUCCUGGGGAUGGCUUAUCCUUCUCUUGCAGUUGGGGGUGCUACAACGGCCUUAGAGGGGAUGUUGCAGCAAAACUUGCUUUCACAGCCAAUCUUCAGCUUCUAUCUGAGCUCCCAACCAAGCUCUCAGUAUGGUGGUGAGGUUGUCUUUGGAGGUGUAGACACUCGACUGUACUCCGGAGAGAUCUAUUGGGCUCCAGUCACCCAAGAACUUUAUUGGCAGAUUGGAAUUGAAGAGUUUUCUAUUGGGGGAAGAGCUACUGGAUGGUGCAGCCAAGGUUGCCAAGCUAUUGUGGACACUGGGACAUCCCUCCUCACCGUUCCUCAGCAGUACAUGGCGAGUUUUGCACAGGCUGUGGGUGCCCAGCAAAAUCAGUAUGGAGAGUAUGCGGUUGCUUGCAGCAAUGUUCAGAAUUUGCCCACCAUCUCCUUCAACAUCAAUGGGGUUUCCUUCCCUCUGCCCCCCAGUGCCUACAUCCUUAAUAACAAUGGCUACUGCACAGUUGGGAUUGAGCCCACCUAUCUGCCUUCCCAAAAUGGACAGCCUCUCUGGAUCCUGGGAGAUGUCUUCCUCAGGAAGUACUAUUCCGUCUAUGACAUGGGCAACAACAGGAUUGGCUUUGCAGCUGCUGCCUAAGCUUCUUUGCUAUUAUACCUGAGUUGUAUCUAUUACAAUGCCUUUCUUUUAAGAUUCUUACUGAGAUGAAAGGGGUAGUUUAAAUGCUUGCCCUUAUCUCUGUUACAAUUUCUUUCUUUCCCUUUAAGCUUGUCUUGGACCAUUCUCCUUGAACUAUCUGCACUCUGGGGCCCUGGGUUUUUUUCUUUCU